AUGGAGAAAACUCAAUCCAAGCCUUCCGCAUACCAGCGGCCCACAUCUGGCAUCUUCCCUCUCCUCCCAGCAUCAUGGGUUCCCUACGCUGAACUCAUGCGCCUCGACCGACUAGGAGGCUUCAUCACCUUCUACCUCCCCUGCCUCUUCGGCGUCGCCUACGCCACCUCCAUCGCCGCCGUCCAGCCCUCUCUCCUCCUCCUCGUCGACCGCAGUAUCACAAUCUUCCUCUGCUGCGUGCUUGCUCGCGGCGCAUCAUGCGCCUGGAACGACAGCGUGGACCGCGACUUUGAUAAGAAGGUUGAACGGUGCGCCGUACGCCCCAUUGCCCGCGGAGCCGUCACACGCUCGCAGGCCAACAUCUGGGCCAUUGUCCAGACAAUCAUGAUGGUGGCCCUGGUCAUGCGCAUGCCGGCCGCGGUGCUGAAAUACCUCGGCGUCAUCGUCGUGCUCGCGAUGGCCUACCCGUUCGCAAAGCGCUUCACGUACUACCCGCAAGCUGUGCUGGGAACCACCUUUGGUGUUGGGGCCCUGCUGUGUGCGCGGUCUGUGCAUGUGUUCCCCAUGGAAGAAGAGUUCCUCGUUCCCUCUUUGUGUGUGGUUGCGGUCAACACGCUUUGGAGCAUGAUCUAUGAUACUAUCUAUGCGCACCAGGAUGUUGCGGAUGAUAUCCACGUUGGCGUGAAGGGUAUGGCGGUUAAGUUCCAGAACUGCACUAAGCUUGUUGUUUCUAUUCUGUCUGUUGUGAUGGUUGGUUUGCUUGCUGCUAUUGGUGUGCUUACUGAGCUUGGCCCGCUUUACUAUGCUUUUGCUAUUGGUGGCGGAACUGCGGGUCUGGCUGCUACUAUCUCGUCGGUGGAUCUCAAGAGCGAGAAGAACUGUGCGUGGUGGUUUAGUCGUGGCUAUACUAUGGUUGGCAUGAGCAUCCUUGCGGGAUUCGUUGCGGAUUCGCUGUUCAAGUCCGUUCCUGCUGCUGAGUUCAUGUACAUGGCCAACAACUCCAGCUGGGUCCACAUCGAGCUUUGA